UGUCGACUAGAGAGCACAAGGAUUUCUUUAGUAUUCCGGAUUAAGCAUUGCAGUUGUCAGUGACCAGCCGGGUGAAAUGUUUAUCUAAAGAUGAGACACAUAUUCAUUAUUAUAUUUGGUUAUUUCUUGAAAAUACUUACUUCAGUGAUUGCAAAUUGUCAGACAGAUUGUCCAGUUGUUUGCCACUGUACCGAAGACAAAUUUCAACACUGUACAGUAACUUGUACUGACAAAAACCUAACUCAAAUACCCAGUUAUUUUCCAGAAAAUACGAUAUCAUUAGAUUUAAGUCGAAACCACAUUAAAAGAAUCCCUCCUGAUAUUAUUAAGCAUUUAAACUUAUUAGAGGUGCUAAAAGUUGACGAUAACCUUCUUGAAUAUUUGCUGCCAAACAUCUUUCAAGGUUUGUGGUCUUUGAGAGAACUGUCGUUGGAAUACAACAGAUUAGCUAUUAAUUAUUCUUCAUUUCCUAUAAAUCUUUUCCGAAAUUUAACUGAAGUGAAAAUUCUGAAACUACGAGGUAACACUGUGUACGGAAACACGAACUUUAUUGAUAGAACUAUAUCUCAUUUAACUGCACUAGAAGAUUUAUACAUAUCAGGUGGUCCGUUCUUUAUGUUUGGUGCAGGAUAUAAGAAUUUGACAAAAUUAAAAUAUAUCAAUUUUGCCUCAAAAAGAAGCAAUUCCGUUAUUAGAUAUAUUACAAAAGAUGCAUUUAAAAAUGUUCCCAGAAUAACCCAUUUGAAUUUAGAUUACUGCCACUUAGAUAGAUUUAACGCCUACACAUUAUCAUUUUUCGAACAUCUGCACCUCCUACGCAUUUCAUUUAACAAACAAAAGCUGCUGAAGGAAAUUCCACGGUCCUUGAGACAUCUAAAAUUACCAAGUGAAUUCCAAACAUUAUAUUUUAGUAAUAUAAAGUUAAAUGUAGGAACGGGCAUUGUUAUUACCGAACGUUUUACAAAGUCUUUACAGAAAACUGGAUUGAAGAAAAUUGUUUUAAAUUCAAAUCAUAUUGAAAUACUUUCUUGGAAUAGCAUUCCCUCCUUGCCCAGCACAUUGGAAUACGCUUAUUUGAGAAACAACAAAUUUACAUACGGAGAAUAUAUAUUUCAAAUCAAGUUUUUAUCCAACAUUAAAUUAAUUGACAUUAGUAUGACAUUAUCAUAUAGAGAGCUACCAUUCAUUCGUAGUAAAUUAUUCAUUCGGGAUGUUACAUAUAGUUUUACAAUCCCUAAAACUCUUAAAACACUCUUACUACAAGGUUGCCAACAUAAACUUCCGAUACCACCAUUGCAUAUAAGAGAUGCAAAUGCAAUAAGAUUAAUUAAUGCAACGAAUAAUUUAUUUUGUCCAUGGAGUGGCCCAGUUCGAGGCUUAGAACAAUUACAGAUUCUGGAUUUAAGUCACAACCAAUGCAAUAAUAUCAGUAACGAAUUCUUCACAUUUUUCACUGGUCUGCGACUUUUGAAUAUCGAAAAUAACGCAAUAGGAAUUUCAGGGCAAGUUGCCGAAGAAGGUUUCAGUAGAACUUUUCUAAAUUUAACCAACCUCAAAGAAUUAUAUCUUUCAAAUAACCACAUUCAAUAUUUAUCAAACAACAGUUUGUUACAGCUGAAAAGUCUCAGAAUCUUAGAUUUACGCAACAAUUUAUUGGAAUCGUUUGAUGUAAAAAUUAGUCAUAUGUUAAAUUUAUCAUAUUUAGAUUUAUCUAGAAAUAUUUUACAGGAACUGUCGGAAAACACUUUUAAUGCUAUUGAAAAGAUAUCUGAAUACCAUAAACUCACUGUCAACAUACAAAACAAUAAAUUAAAAUGUGGUUGCGCACAAAUAAGAUUUCUCACUUGGCUGCACAAAGUACGCAAUUCAGCACAUUUGAAAAUAAUGUACUCGAAAUGUACUUAUCGUAACGGAACAGUAUGGAAGUUGAAAGGAAAUCAGCUUGUUAGGAUCGUAAGCUUUCUGAAUCACACUUGUUCAGCCUUGAUAGGGAUAAUAAUUGCGAUAAGUUUUGGUGUUGUAAUACUGAUUAUAUUUCUAGUUGCCUCACUCCAUAUCUAUGGCUCACCUCACACUCUGCGGCUGAAAGUAGGAACAGCUAUUAUGUUACUACGGAACUUAAAUGAAUCAAAACUGUCGAUAUUUUGUGGAAAGCAUGAAGAUUUCUACAUAAAAAUGAAGAGGAUAUUCAUUAUUGCUUUUGCUUACUUCAUGGAAAUGUUUAUUAAAGUGACUGCAAUUUGUCAAACAAACUGCCCUGAUGUUUGCAACUGUACUGAGAUUAAAUUCAACCGGUGUACUGUAAUCUGUACAGAUCAAAAUCUAACUCAAUUACCCGAUUCUUUUCCAAAGAAUACUACGUCAAUAGAUUUAAGUCGAAAUCGUAUUAAAAGUAUUUCAAAGAAUAGUUUGAGACAUUUGAAUUUAUUAGAGGUGCUAAAACUUGACGAUAAUCUCCUUGAAUAUUUACAACCGACCACCUUUCAAGGUUUGUGGUCUUUGAGAGAACUCUCGUUAGAGUACAACCGACUAACUAUGACUUAUAUAUCCUUUCCUAUAAACCUGUUCCAAAAUUUAACAAGAGUGAAAAUUCUGAAAUUACGAGGUAACUUAUUAAACACAUCUACGACCUACAUCGAUAAAACUAUUUCUCAUUUAACUUCACUGGAACAAUUAUAUAUGACAGGUACUAAAAAUUCUUAUUUUGGAGAGGCAUAUCUAAAACUGUCAAAGUUAAAGUAUGUUAGCUUUGCUACAAAACGGAACAGCUCAGAUAUAUCUUUUCUCACGGACAAUGACUUCAGAAAUACACGGCAUAUUGUCUCUUUGAAUCUCAGUUAUUCUCAAAUAACUUCAAUGGACGUAGAAACUUUUAGCCGGCUUCCUUUGAUUAUAACCUAUCUUAACCACAGUUGUUCAUCAUUUAUCGGUAUAAUUAUCACUGUAGCAUGUCUUAUUGUGCUUCUGGGUUGCUUUUCUUUCGGAGCUCUUGUUUACCAUUUUAGAUGGAAACUACGAUAUUUGUAUUACAUGAUCCGAGAACGAUACGCAUAUCAGAGAAUACAAACUGGAGAAUAUCUUUAUGACGCUUUUGUAUCUUAUGCAGAAGAAGAUCGAGGUUGUGUUUUUGAAUAUCUAAUUCCAGAACUUGAAGAAAAGGAUACGUUUAAACUGAAUAUCCAUCAUCGAGAUUUUCCCGCAGGUAAACAGAUUGCUGAAAAUAUAUUGUCUGCUAUCCAAUCCAGUCGAACAUGUCUUAUUUUACUAAGCAGGAGCUUUUUGUCAAGUGAGUGGUGUAUGUUUGAAUAUAACAUGGCUAAAAUGGAAUGUAUCCACACUGAGAGAGAUUUGGUAAUUGUCAUAAUGCUCGAAGAACUCUCUGUAGACAUUCUACCUUUACAAUUACAACAUCAAAUCAAAACACAGAGUUAUAUAUGUUUUCCAACGGAGAACGCGACAAGUGAUGUUUUCUGGAAUAAUCUUAAAAAGUCUAUACGAGACGGUUAAUAACUGUGAUCGAUUUCAAUUAUAUAUCAAUUUUAAAACGGUAUCACCGUAAGCACAUUUUGUAAUUUUCUCAUUUGUACAUAUGUAGCAAGACUUUAAUUUUCUGUGCGCGCACACGUGCGUUUGUGUGUGUGUGUGUGUGUGUGUGUGUGUGUGUGUGUGUGAGAGAGAGAGAGAGAGAGAGAGAGAGAGAGAAAGCGAGAGAGAGAAAUUUCUUUAUAGAAAAUUGCUAUUGCGUUCAGUAAAUAUUCAUUACAACCUUACCUUUAAAUUUUAUUAACAAAAAAACGUUUCUUUGUAUGUACUCGCAGUCAUUUGUUUAUUUUCAAUAUCAAUAUUUUGCUGAUCAUUGUAUAAUUUGUUGUAUGUGCUAAUUGCUAGCGAUUGCAUAUUACCAACUUGUUCAUUCUUUUCUUUCUAUAUUUUGAAUCGAGGAAUCCGUUUUUGCAAUGUGUUUCCCUCUGCAAACUUGUGACAAAUAAAAAUUGUAUAUUUGAAA